AUGUCUGGCCUCUUCUCGAGUUUCUUCAGCGCCAGCGCGAAUCCCUUUGGGGAUAGCGCCACCGGCUCGCACAUCAUGGACCCCGUCUCCGAAGAAGUCGACGAAGAUGAGGCGUCUGGCCAGUUCAUCACCAGCGACUCCGUCCCACGGUCGGGACCCAACUCGCAGGCCAACUUUGGGGCCGACGGCCCUACCGACGGCCCGCCUCCGGCUCGCAGCGCCCAAAGCCAAGACAGCUAUCCCGCAGAGUACAACUUCAACCGCCGAACUUCCGUGUCCGCCGAAUCGUUGAAGCCCAACGCCGACAACAAUGACAACUGGUCGCCGCCCCAGCACGAUAAGACGCCCGAGCAGCUGGAGCGCUUGAAGGCUGCCAUUGGGAGCAACUUUCUCUUCAAGCAUUUGGAAGAUGAGCAAAGCGGGCAGAUUCUCGGCGCCAUGGUGGAAAAGCCGAUACCUGCCAAGGGCAUCAAGGUCAUUAACCAAGGCGACGCCGGCGACUUUUUCUACGUCGUCGAAAAGGGGUCUUUUGACGUCUACGUCAACCCAUCCGGCAGCAUCCAACCCGGCCCCGACGGCCUGGGCAACAAGGUCGGCAACAUCGAGGCUGGCGGUUCUUUUGGUGAGCUGGCCCUCAUGUACAACGCUCCUCGCGCCGCAACCGUCAUCUCCGUCGAGCCCGGAUGCACGCUUUGGGCCCUCGACCGCGUCACCUUCCGUCGCAUUUUGAUGGAGUCGACCUUUGCCCGGAGACGCAUGUACGAGCGUUUCCUCGAAGAGGUACCGCUGCUGUCCAUCCUGGACCCUUACGAGCGGUCCAAGAUUGCCGAUGCGCUCGAGACGCGGAAAUUUGCUCCCGGGGAAAUCAUCAUCAAGGAGGGCGACCCGGGCCAUUCAUUCUACCUGCUGGAGAGCGGUGAGGCCGUGGCAUACAAGGGCGACCCCAGCAACAAGCUGCUGGAGUACAAGAAGGGCGACUAUUUCGGUGAGCUGGCUCUGCUCAACGACGCACCGCGAGCCGCUAGUAUCAUGGCUUCGACGCACGUCAAGGUGGCGUCGCUGGGCAAGAACGCGUUCCAGAGAUUACUCGGUCCCGUCGAGGGCAUCCUCCGGCGGACCAAGUACGAAGGCGUCGCAACAGGAGUGGAAGAUGUGGACCCCCUGAGCUCUGGAUAA